AUGUUAACAAGAUCUUCUGUUAAAUCUAUAUUUGAAGGUAAUUUAAGCAAUGGAGAAUGUCGUCAUCGUUUUAAUGAAUAUUAUUCUUGGAUAAAUUCUUUAAAAGAUGUUGAAAAACUCGAUUGUAAUUGUAUUAAUCGUAGUAAAAAUUUAGUUGAAUUAAUGUGUCUUUCAUAUGCAUUAAAAAUAAAUCUUACACGAGAUAAUAUUCGAUGUAUUGGUCAAUUCUCGUUAUUAAAAGAUAAUAAAAUAUCAUCAAAUAAAACUCGUCAUUUAAUAUUAAAUGGUUUAAUUAUAAUUAAUGGAAUUGUUGAAGAUAAUUAUAAAAUAAAAUCAAUAAAUGGAAUAAUAAAUAAUUGUCCAUCAAUUGAAAUAUAUGCAACAGAAUCCUUAACUGAUUGUUAUACAUGUCCUGUUUAUGCAACACCAUCAUCUCGUCUUGAUUCACCAUUAUUUUAUUUAUUAUUAAAUGAACAAAUUGAUCCAAUGACUUAUAUUGUUUUUCAAAAUGAAAAAGAAGAUACAGUAAGAAUUCCAUAUCCAACUGUUAUUCGUCAAGAAACAGAAAAUGUUUCAUCAAUUAAAUAUGAAAAUAAUCUUGGAAGAGAACCAUCUCCAACAUCUCAAUUAUCUCAAUCAACUCAAAGAACAAAUACUCCUUCAAUAAAAGAUAUUCAACGAGAUGAACCGAUGUUAGGUUUUUAA